CUGCUGCCCAGAGCACAGAGGAGGCACCAGAGCCGAGGGAGGCACCAGCAGCUGGGGCUCAGAAAAGAUCUCCCUAGGCAGGAGCCAUGGCUUGGCCACCUCCCUACUGGCUCUGCCUGCUGGGGACCUUGGUAGGGCUCUCAGCUACCCCAGCUUCCAAGAGUUGUCCAGCCAGACAUUAUUGGACCCGGGGAGGACUGUGCUGCCAGAUGUGUGGGCCAGGUACUUUCUUUGUGAAUGACUGUAGUCAGAACAGAACAGCUGCCCUGUGUGGCCGGUGCAUACCAGGUGUCUCCUUCUCUCCAGACUACCACACCCGUCCCCACUGCGAGAGCUGCAGGCAUUGUAACUCUGGUCUUCUCACUCGAAACUGCACAGUCGGCGCCAAUGCCGAGUGCGCCUGCUCCCAGGGCUGGCAAUGCAGGGACCGGGAGUGUACGGAGUGCGACCCUCCUCUCGACCCCGCACCGACCAUACAGCAGUCUCAGGCCCCAGGCCCACACCCACCACCACCCCACUUACCUUAUGCCCAAGAGAUACCAGAGGCCAGGACGGUCUGGCCUGCACACACUAGGCAGUUUCCUGCCUCAACUCUCUAUACCCACUGGCCAUCCCAAAGACCCCUGUGCAGUUCACAAUGUAUCCGAAUCUUUGUGACCUUCUCCGGCAUGUUUCUGGUCUUCGUCCUGGGUGGAAUCCUGCUCUUCCGUCAAAGACGAAAUCAUGGACCAAAUGGAGACAGCCAGGCAGUGCCCGAGGAGCCUUGUCCUUACAGCUGCCCCCGGGAGGAGGAGGGCAGUGCCAUCCCCAUCCAGGAAGACUACAGGAAGCCGGAGCCUGCUUCCUACCUUUGAGGCAGGGUGGGGCGGGGCCCUUUCCACUGCGGCACCAUCCAGGGGGAUCUCCCCCACCAUCGUCAUCAGAACCCUUUCCUGUGUGCACGUGGACAGACCGACCCUCUGAGACUGAUAGUGAUAAGAGCAGGAUCCCCAGUGUGAGGUCCAGCAGUCUCGGGGAGGCCCAGGCUCUAGCUGUAAAACACACUUAUUAUAAACGAAGCCUUAUAGUUGGCAAAAUCACAUGCUGAGGGUGAAAAUGGCCCGCCAAGGGCUGGAGAGAUGAUUCAGCAGUGAAGAGCACAUGCUGCUCUUUUGGAGAACCAGAGUUUGAUUCCCAGUACCAUCAGAUGGCUCUAAACCACCUGGAACUCAUUUCAGGGGAUCUGACACCUUUGACCUCCUCUGGCACCCACAAAUGCAGAGCAUACACUCACAGACACACAGACAUAUGAAUAAAAAUAAAUUUUUUUUAAAUUUUUGAAUGGGCCAUGAGCAGAAGUCCCACAUCGGCCCUGGGGCCAGAAGGUCUCACCUGCCUCGGGAGACACUAUCUACAGACACACAUCCAGCCUGCUCCGGUCUCAUCUUCUCCAUAAGCUGUGGCGCUGCUGUGAGCGAAGCAGAGACUGAGACUUUCUCUCAGUUUAAGCUAAAACUGUAAAUAAACUCGUUUUUCUA